CUCCUCAUGCUGCCAGCGGCAGGGAGCAGCCUCUCCGCAGCCGGCUGCGUGCGCCCCGGGACGGCACCAUGAGCAGCCUCCCCGCCGACAAGGAGAGCGGCGCGGCCGAGCCCGGCCUGCCCGAGGAGGAGGUCCGGACUCUCUUUGUGAGCGGCCUUCCCCUGGACAUCAAACCGCGGGAGCUCUACCUGCUCUUCAGACCCUUCAAGGGUUAUGAAGGCUCUCUGAUAAAACUCACCUCUAAACAGCCUGUAGGCUUUGUCAGCUUUGACAGUCGCUCAGAAGCAGAAGCUGCUAAGAACGCGCUGAAUGGAAUUCGCUUUGACCCUGAAAUUCCGCAAACGCUACGACUAGAAUUCGCCAAGGCAAACACCAAGAUGGCCAAGAGCAAGCUAGUGGGAACCCCGAACCCAAGCACUCCUCUCCCCAGCACGGUACCACAGUUCAUUACCAGGGAGCAAUAUGAGCUCACAGUGCCUGCACUUUAUCCCAGUAGCCCUGAAGUGUGGGCGCCGUACCCUCUGUACCCAGCGGAGUUAGCACCUGCUCUACCUCCUCCUGCUUUCACCUAUCCCGCUUCAUUGCAUGCCCAGGUAAAUUAUACCAACCAGCCACAACUUCGCUCACUCUCCCACCAGUCCUUUCGGAGCUGGUCCCCCAGCGCACCCUGUCCAACUAACCCUGUCCGGCUAACAGACACUCCUCCAGAAGAUUAAUGAUCUCACCCCAAUCAAGCUGACACCUCCUCAGGGGACGAGUGGGGACAGGCUUCCCGAGGUGAAGCACACACUGCCUGAUGUAUCCCGGACACCUCUCUCUUCCUUAAUCCUUUCACUUUCAUUCACACCAAGGCCACAGGAGGCAGUUCUAGAAUCUACCGGGUAUUGAAGAACCCUGUACACAUGUGCCUCUGUAUAUGGGUACUGUGCAGCCCAAACUGGCACUUGCGGCUAAUUAUCUGGAAGGCCAUUGGUGUGGUGUGUGUUUGUGUGGCCGGGUGUGUUCGGAGUUGGCCAUCUGUAAGGUCAGGCUUUUGGUGCUAUAGCCUAGAUG